GAGCAUGAGAAGUUUGCAUCUCGCGGACGGCUUGGUGUGUGUGGUGUUGGGUUCCAGCCGCUUGCAGUCCUAUUACGUCCUGGAUUUCGAACACUAUGUCGAAACAAAGGGCGACGCCCGGAUUGUGCACACACGUGAUGUGCGCUUCCCCCCUCAGUUGCGCUGGCCAGUUCACGAGCUGGGCAUGGACAAUCCUGGCGCGGCACAUUGGGCCCAACGUUUGUUCGAACCGGAGGUGUUGCAGCAAACGCCCGUUGCUGGUGAUGACGGCCGCUGUGUGCUUUGUGGAUUGUGGGCCACUGAUGCGGAGGUCCACUGUCGUGGCUGUUUGUUUGGUAGUGGUCGUCGUCGGCAUGUGGAUGGUCCCGGCUGCCUUCGUGCUCGGUGUGGCGGUCAUUCGUUUCUUGACGUGCAGCACAAUUCGCCCAUUAUGGGCUCGCACGAGACGAGCAUGGACUACUCCCCGAGCCCUCCGCACAGCCCCUCCAUGGAUUCGUCCAGCUCCAGGUUUUCGCCAUCGGAUGACAUACACGAUGAUGGCGACAUGGGUCCACCCCCUGACGAUGAAGGUGAUGGACGUCGUCAUACCGAAACCUCGCUACUCAAACUUCGCUGGCGGGUGGAUUUGUUCGCUGACACACAGGCGCCUCCUAGACACAACUAUGGCCCUCACUUCGACCACAUGGAUAGUGGCCUAGUACCACCACGCCCUGAUCUAGCGCCAUCAACAUCCAUGUCAGAUCGACUUGACGACGAGCUUGCAUCUUCAUCUGGGCGAUCGCGAUCCCACCGCGGGUCGCAUCCAUCGGAUGCAGAUUCGGAGCGCGCCUCGCAAGGCCCAGCAGGUCCAAUGAGACAAGCACAGAGGCCAGACGGCACACACAGUUCGGACGCGGAGCUGGACAAGCUGACGACUGAGCUGGGGAAGAUGUUCGCUUGUGUCACCGAGAUCGCCAACCGCGUGUGA